AUGGCCGAAAAUAAGAAAGACAUUAAGAAAGAAAAUGAAUUAUUACCGGCAUCCUUGGUGCCUGUUAGGCCAACUCCCUUGAGUUCGAAAGAUAAAGUAACAAAAAGACUCAUUGUUGUUUUAGCCCAAGCUUGUUUAGAAUCCCAUAAAAUGAGUACUGGAAACCCUGGAGGUGACAAGUAUUCUUUGCUAAACUGUGAUGACCAUCAGGCUUUGUUAAGAAAAAUGGGCAGAGAUAUCGCUGAAGCAAGACCUGAUAUUACCCACCAAUGUUUGCUAACAUUACUAGAUUCCCCCAUUAGUAAGGCAGGGAAAUUGCAAGUUUAUAUACAAACUGCAAGAGGUGUAUUGAUAGAGAUCAAUCCCAGUGUUCGAAUUCCCAGAACAUUCAAGAGAUUUUCUGGGUUAAUGGUUCAAUUAUUACAUAGAUUGUCCAUAAGAUCUGUCAACUCAGAAGAAAAAUUGUUGAAGGUAAUCAAAAAUCCCAUAACAGACCACUUGCCAACUAAAUGCCGUAAAAUCACCUUAUCCUUUGAUGCUAAAGUAACAAGAGUCCAAGACUACAUCAAGACCUUGGAUGACGAUGAAAGCAUAUGUGUAUUCGUUGGUGCCAUGGCAAGAGGCAAAGACAACUUUGCUGAUGAGUAUAUCGACGAAAAAAUUGGUGUAUCCAAUUACCCUUUAUCAGCCUCUGUCGCCUGUAGCAAGUUCUGCCACGGGUGUGAAGACGUCUGGAAUAUUCUCUGA